AUGAACUAUGUCCGAUCACAGUAUUACGACCCAUGCUACGGCGUCCGCGGGAACCGACGCGCUCCGCAACCCUGGUCCAGUGGUGCGGGCGAAUAUAUGCGAGCUGGACUACUCAAUCGUGGACGGACUCUCGGUAUUGGAUGCUGGAAUGUCCGAACGUUCCUGGGCCCCGGUACCCAAAGUCUGACCGCACGCAGCCUUUACCAGUACACCGUGGAUGUCUGCUGUCUGUCCGCAGUUCGACUCCCUGCCUCGGGCACCCGUGAAGUAAAGAUCCCGGGAGUCGAAUCACACUUUUCCUUGUACCACAGCGGCCCUCGCGACUCCUCUGGUCGACACGAUGUUGCGAUCGCCCUAUCGCAACAAGCGGAUCUCGCGCUGCUUGCUUGGGAACCAGUCAACGACCGGAUGGCUUACGUGCGACUGAAGGGUCACUUCACGAACAUCUCCAUCGUCUCUGUGUACGCACCAACUUCGGCUGCUGAACAGCGCGAUAAGGAGGCGUUUUACUCGCAGUUGCAAGCGUUAGUUGAAAGACUACCUCGCCGCGAUCUGCUGAUUGUUGCUGGCGAUUGGAAUGGUCGAACUGGACCUGGAGACCCGACAACCAGUCACCUUCUUGGCCGCUUUGGGCUUGGCUUCCGAUGUGAAAAUGGUGAGAGAUUGCUGAACUUCGCUGAUAGAAACCGACUGCUUGUCACCAACACGUGUUUUCAGCAUCGCAAAAAACAUCUGCUGACCUGGUAUUCAAACGACGGUCAUACGGACAGUCAGAUUCAAUACAUACUAGUCAGCUCAAGGUUCCGCAGCUGGGUUCACGAUAGCAGAUCGAUGCGUGGUGCCGAGACUGGUAACGCCCAUAGGUCGGUCCAUGUCCUCGUCCGUACACGCCUGAAAGUUCAUCUCUCAUCCGCACCAAAAAUGCCACGUCCUAGACGCCUUAAUGUCGCAAAAAUCCGGCAAGCCAGCACUGCCGAGGCCCUAAGCAGAGAAAUCCGGACCUGUUUUACGGCCCGAGCCGACGGAGAAGUCAGUAACCAGCGGUCGUCACUGAAGACAUCAGUCUAUGGGGCAGCUGAGAAAAUCGUUAGAUACACCCAGCGACGCCGCAGUGACUGGAUCAGCGGAAAAACCCUGCAGUUGUCUGCUCAGACGGCUAGAGCCAGGUCCCGCAACGAUGACUACUUCCGCCAACUUCGGAAGAUGACGGCAAAAUCGGCCAGGGAUGACCGGAAACAAUAUUGGGCUGAAAUAGCGACAUCCAUGGAACAGGCCUCGAACGUUGGUGACACUCGAAAGCUCUACCGUAUGAUCCGCCAAGUUAGCGGUAAGCCCCGUACACUGAGUGACUCUGUUCGCGAUGUGGACGGCGGCUUUAUUGCUGACAACUCGGCACUUUGA